CCCAAACUCAACCUUCCCCCGCUCUCUCUCUCCUCCUCUUCUUCAUAAGCUUAACGGUCCCCUCCUGUUCUCUUACGGUUCUCCUUUUUUUUUUUUCCCUCGGAGAAGAGAAAAUGCCGUUAUCUUCCUCAUCAUCUGGUCUACUCGAACCUUCAUCUUCCAGGAAUAUCGGCUACUGCAGGAAACAGAAGUCUCUCGGCCUCUUGUGCUCCAAUUUCUUGGUCUUGUACAAUCGACAGGGAAUUGAGUCUAUCACUCUCGAUGACGCUGCUAUGAAAUUAGGUGUGGAAAGACGCAGGAUCUAUGAUAUUGUCAAUGUCUUGGAAAGUGUUGGGGUUCUCGCAAGAAAGGCAAAGAACCAGUAUUUAUGGAAAGGGUUUGGGGCAAUUGCAGAGGAACUGCAGAAACUCAAGGAAGAGGGCUUUAGGGAGAAUUUCUAUGCCUCGGAUGGGAACAGCAAUUAUACCAAAGUCUCAGAUUAUGUUGACGAGGAUGAGGACAGCCUUUCGAAUUCGAACACUGGAAGCCAGAACGAGAGUUCGAUUCCUAGUGGAAUUCCCAAUUCCACCGCAUCAUCAAAAACAGAUAACCGAAGAGAAAAAUCUCUGGGACUUCUAGCAAAGAAUUUUGUCAAGCUCUUUGUGUGCACUAAAGUGGAUUUGAUUUCUCUUAAUGAUGCUGCAAAAUCAUUGCUUGGGGAUGGACAUGCUUCGUCGCUAAUGAGAACAAAAGUAAGGCGGCUAUAUGACAUUGCAAAUGUGUUGUCUUCUGUGAAUCUUAUCGAGAAGACACACACUGUCGAUACCAGGAAGCCUGCAUUCAGGUGGUUGGGGUUGAGGGGAAAUAUGAAGAGUAGAACUGGUGAUGCUUCAGCUGUUGACGAAAGCAAGAAAAGGACAUUUGGAACUGAUGUUACAAACGAUAGGUUGAAGAGAAAUAGAGUGGACUCUUCUAUUAUUGAGGAUAUAAACCAGGAAAUGAAGAUACAAAAGCAAUUGAAAGUUGAAGGUCCAGUGUACCAGGAGCAGUCAAAACAGGGAUCAAAGAGCUACCAGUUUGGUCCCUUUUCUCCGCUAUGAGAGACCUUUUUGCUCAUUACAUGGAAGCAUGGAAGUCGUGGUAUACAGAAAUCGCCGAGAAAAAGCCACUGCAAAAAGUUUUGUAGAGCGGCACAAUGCCUUUUCAAAUUCAAUGUAGUACAGAACUGGAACUCUGAUUUUUUCAUUUUUUUUUCAUUUGAAACAAUGCAAUGAUGACCUCAUUGGCUGCAUUUCCUCUAUGCAUCAAAUCUGAAAUGGUCAUCCACUCAUCCUGAUACUUCACUUGUAUUGUACUGUUCACGGUCAUACAGUGCAACAAAGUGCAGACUUUGUUUGUUGCAAGGUUUGUAUCAGUCUUGAGUUGACUGUUGAUUCAUGGAAGAUAAAAAAAAUGAAAGAUUAGGUUCUACUGAAGUAGGGAUUUCUCAAUUUCUAGUCCUUGAAAUGUU